GAGGAAGGAAACUCGACUUCUAGCGUGCAGAAAUUUGGUAUUCUGGACUUGAGAGCUUAAGGUCAGGCAAGUAGGACGUGAAGAGAUGGCAAUGAAGGCUGUUUGCGUGCUCAAAGGCACCGGUGAAGUUACCGGGACCGUAUUCUUUGAGCAGGAGGGUGUCGAUGGUCCAGUGAAGCUGAUUGGGGUGAUCUCUGGUCUGGCCCCGGGGAAACAUGGCUUCCACGUCCAUGCUUUUGGAGACAACACCAACGGCUGUAUGAGUGCCGGACCCCACUUUAACCCCCACAACAAGACCCACGGAGGACCCACUGAUGCUGUUCGGCACGUAGGGGACCUUGGCAACGUGACUGCAGGAGCUGACAAUGUGGCUAAGAUCAACAUCCAGGAUGAGAUGUUGACUCUCACUGGACCCAACUCUAUCAUCGGCAGGACCAUGGUGAUCCAUGAGAAGGCUGAUGAUCUGGGAAAAGGAGGCAACGAGGAGAGUCUGAAGACUGGCAACGCUGGCAGUCGGCAGGCCUGUGGCGUUAUUGGCAUUGCCCAGUAAACAGGACACGCACUCCUUUACUGGAAGCCCUGGAACACACUAGCCUCUGCUUGAAGACCACUGUAGCUACCGCCGACCCCCAUAGAAGGCUCUGUAAAAAUACAUUUCUAGCCCAACCCCUACCUAGUCUUUUAUGACACCUCAUCUGACAGAACUGUGUCCCAAAUGACCUCUUAGUGUUUAUGUAGUGCACUACAUAUGGGUUAGGGUGCCGUAUGGGACAGACCCUGUGUUCUGAGGGCUUUGACUCGGACACACAGGUUGCAGGGGUUGACCCAAAUGACUCCCUAUUUAGACAAGAGCCCUACGACAGGUACAGACAAUCUGGUAGUAGUCCCCCCCCCCGUUCACUCUGGUAAGCUAGGUGGAAAUUUCACCAUAUUGUUUGUCCCUAUAAAAAUCAGAUCAAGUGCCCUAUGAUGAAGUGGCUAGGGUUGUUUUGGGAUUUAGUUUCUAAUGACCGCAGAAUAUAAAGCACUUAUUUAAAAGUUCAUUAUCAACCAGUAUCUCUGUUGAUCCUGCUAAGACUUGUUGCUUCCUGUCUAUAUGUGAGUCAUAUUAUUCUGUUGUCCCCUGUACUAGCUUUAGGACAGGGGACAUUUUUGGACACAUCCAUGUAUGUUCGCUUUGAGUACCAAGCUGCCCCAAUAAAAAAUACAUUGGGUGAAACUCGA